GGACUUGUUGGCCUCCUGUGUAGCAUUCGGCGAGCACUGCAGUGUGGAAAAAGGCGAGGAAGAAGUGCCUGUGAAGGAGGCGUAAACGGGGUCUGAAUAUCUUGGAAGAGGACUCAAGUGGCUGAAGAGAAGAUAUGGCGGCCAUUCGGAAAAAGCUGGUGAUCGUCGGCGAUGGCGCUUGCGGAAAAACCUGCCUGCUGAUCGUUUUCAGCAAAGACCAGUUUCCUGAAGUCUACGUGCCGACGGUGUUUGAGAACUAUAUCGCUGAUAUCGAAGUGGAUGGCAAACAGGUGGAAUUAGCAUUGUGGGAUACAGCGGGCCAAGAGGACUACGACAGGUUGAGGCCUCUCUCCUACCCAGACACUGACGUCAUCCUAAUGUGCUUUUCCAUCGAUAGCCCUGACAGUUUAGAAAACAUUCCGGAGAAGUGGACGCCUGAAGUGAAACACUUCUGUCCCAAUGUUCCCAUCAUCCUCGUGGGGAACAAGAAGGAUCUGAGGAACGACGAGCACACGCGGAGAGAGCUGGCCAAGAUGAAGCAGGAGCCGGUCAAGACUGAGGAAGGCCGCGAUAUGGCCAACAGGAUCAACGCCUUUGGCUACCUGGAGUGCUCUGCCAAGACCAAGGACGGUGUGAGGGAUGUGUUUGAGAUGGCCACCAGGGCGGCGUUGCAAGUUCGCAAGCGCAAGAAGAGAAGCGGCUGCGUGCUCUUGUGAGCCAUCUGUUAAGACGCCAUUGUGAAAUCGGAGAAACAGGAUGAGCGAGAGAGGAAAAACACGAAAAGGCCUGACGACCCCCCCUCGCCCCCCCCAAUGGCAUCUUUGUACUGUAUCCUGCGCUUCGUAGUGGGAGUCAGGCCGUCAAAUUAUACGCAAAACUAACAGUGAACUUUGUCUAUAUUAGAAAUUGAUGUUUGGGAAAAAAACGUUAUUGCUUUACUUUGUCUUUCAAAACAAAAAGCAUGUUUUCUUUCAUAUAUAGAUUUUUUUUUUUUCAACCUGGCAGUGAGCAUGAUAGAAUAUCGCCAUAUCGUCAAGCAAGGGCGGUCAGCCUCCUUCCUCGCAAAUAAGCCGUCUCUCCGAGCAAGUUCCCAUCCACGGCGUUCCCACCGGUAAAUCCACGCCUGCGUUAACUGCCCGUGCCUUUUUGUACGUUUUCUACACCUUUUGCUUCCUUCUCAUUGUCUCGUCAUUACAAAGUACGCAGCUUCUGAGAGCGACAACUUCUCGCGGUUCCUGUUCUUGCCUCUGCACUACCGUAAUGCGACAAAAGCAGAAAUGCUCGAUAAGUGAUGACUCGCUAGCGUCGGCCCAGUGGAAAGUGGUGAAAGCAACACGAGCGUCUACGUGUGACUGUCAGUCUCCAUACAGAGGCAGGCGUGAUGAAUUGCGCUUACUGGCAUCCCCACCCGUGGCUGGAAUCUGCGCUUAACUGGUUAGCCUGGAACUCGUGUCUUGUUAGUGUCGUUUUCUCACGUGAGCUUCCAAUGCUUGUCAUUUUUUUGGCGUAUUUUAUUGGCGUUUAUGACAGUGAGGAGUUUGUCCCCCCCCCCCCCCCCCCCCCCCCUCCGGUGCCUUGUCUGUGCCGGUGCGCCAUUUGCAUUCUCUAGCAGACCUGUUAGACCAGUUGAUCUUGUGUGGUUUUUGUUGUUCCCCUUCUUGCUACUCAAAUGCAAACAUUUCAUUUGUAGCUUACAUCAACGGGGAGAUCAGCGAUUUCAGGAUGAACCUAAAAUGCACUACACACAGGUUUCGUUCAAGUGAUCAGUAUUUAUUUGUUGCGAUAUCAACUCUUGUGAAUCUUCCAAUCCCAAUAGAUGUGCAAAGAUGAGGGCUAAAACCAGAGUUUUGAUCAACUUUGGGUGCGAUGGCAAAGACAUGAUAGAAUGACAAAGCACCUACGAUCCGACAUAAUUGAAUCAUCUCCCACUCCCUGUAUGCGAAGAUGAUUGGAAAUAGAGAUGAGACUGCUUCACUUCAUGACAGUUAGUCACAGCUUGUCUUUAGCUGAAACAAAAGUUAAGCAAAAAAGACCAAAACACUGAAGACUUGGGCAUGGCCAUUCCAAUCUUUAAAGGUCAAAUCGAAUUCAUUGCAAAGUACAAUUUUCACUUUUUAGCAGUUGACCUAAACAUUGCUCAACAGCCAUCCGCAUGACUACAGGUGACAAAAGUACAUCACUACUGUCAAUCAUUAAGACAAACCUCCCCAAUAAUUAACUUGCUGGCUGAAGUGGCAGCUACUAGAAAUAGAAAGCAUUGGAGUCCUCCCUCAUGCCUCUGCACAUCAUGCACAUUAACAGGUGUUUGCAUGGAGGCCGCUUGUUCUGUUUAAGUUGGUUGCUUACGGAAGUGCACCAAAGAUGAAUUGUUUGUUGCAGCUGCUGCGCAAGCAUGCACACACUGACGUGACAAGACGGUUCUUAUCAAUGCACACGAAUCUUGUCACUGCUCAGUGUCACAUCAUUACCACCCUCUGAGAAUAUUUGAAAAGUCAGAAUGCAAAUUUAGAUACAAAUUCACUGGCGCACACAGCUUUGUUAACAAAUAUUUCAUCCCAAGUGAACUUUGUUAAUAAACUAUUUUUGUGACAAGACCAAACUGCUAUGUUUUGCUGAAGAGUUUCUCGGUUGGUCAUAGUUGGAGCGUGUAUGUGUCGUUGGGCAUUUUGUGAGAUGGGGAUCACUCAAAUGAGGUGUGUUUUUUUUUUUCAACCAAGAAUUGAGUUCAUUUUUUUAGAUUCACAAUGACCGAUACAUUUAACGAAUAUCGUGUGUCCUAAAAACUGCAUGGCAGUAAAGGCAGAUAUUCUAUGUUCCUUUUUUCUUUUUAAUAAAAUGCAUAUUUUGGAGACGUAAUAAAUUUAUUGAAAAUGUC